GCUCCAGGAAGCGGAAGUCCAGCGUAGAGUUUGGGAAAAGUUUGGUACAAGUUUGUGACAGUUUGGACUGACGCAGCCUGACGCAGCGGAUCGACAUGAGGGGCCCAGCUGACCCUGUGCUGUGAUGCAGGGGCCUGUGGACAGCUCAGGGGCCCUGGAGCCCAGCCCCCCUGCAGAACGCAGGCGUCGUCUGUGGGCUCAGAGCAGAGAGUCCAUGUGGCAGUCCUCCCCCAAACCAUCAUCGGACCAGGACCUGAGUCAGAACCAAGACCCAGGCAGCGGACAGCACAACGGGCGUGUCCCACACAAGAUCAGCACCUGGCUGUCUGAGUGCAGGACGCCCAUUGGAGCUUCUCUGGAUGAGCACAGUGGCUCCCCGAACAGGGGUCUAAGGAACGGCUGCAGUUUUGAGGAUGACCUGUCACUGGGAGCUGAAGCCAACCACCUGCAGUGCAGCACCAGCCGGAGCGAGCCUGGCUUUGGUCUCGCGGCGGAUCAGAAGAGGUCGCAGUUCAAAGAUCGCGCCCGCAGCAUGAACUCCACCGGCUCCGGCAAGAGCAGCACAGUGUCCAGUGUGUCGGAGCUCCUGGACUUGUACGAGGAGGACCCUGAGGAGAUCCUCAUGAACCUAGGCUUCGGUCGAGAAGAACCAGACCUGGCCUCCAAGGUGCCCUCACGCUUCUUCAACGGUUCAUCUUGCGCCCGGGGCAUUGACUUCAAGGUGUUCCUGGGAGCUCAACUGCAGAGACUGGAGCUGGAAAACCCAAACUAUGCCCUCACCAGUCGCUUCCGUCAGAUCGAAGUUCUGACCAGUGUCGCCAAUGAGUUCUUCCAGCUGUACAGCCAAGUGUCGGGUCAACCGGUGCACCGCAUUACCCCCAGAGACCCAGGAAGAGAGGGCGACUCGAAAGAACCUCCUGCCCCGAAGAAGAGCGUGUCUGCUCUGAAUGCCGCAAAACUCCUCAAGAAGAGCAUCAGCAAACACAACCUGCUAGCACAGGCUAAUGCGCAGGCUAAUGCACCGGCUAAUGCACCAGCUAGUGCACAAGAUAAUACACCAGCUAGUGCACAAGAUAAUGCACAAGAUAAUGUGCAGGCUAAUAUGCACGGCAAUGCACCAGACAACGCUACUGCACAAGCUAACGCGGCUGCCAGCCCACAGCCUGGCACAAACAGUAGUGCACAGGGAGAGGAGGGGAGACACGGCAAACUCAAGAUGGACACCACAGUUCUACCAUCGGUAUCUGAGGAGAGCACUAGCGAUGGAGAGCCGGACAAGGACACAGUGCACAGUGCUGAACAACCCUUAGAACCAGCAACCAAUCAGAGUGCAGAGGUGGUCGAACUUAUUACCAAUCACAGCAAAGGAGAAGUGGAACAGACACCAAAUCACAGAACAGGAGAUGUAGAAAUAACUGCCAGUAGCCUGUCAGGUGUGGAGCAAACAGCCAAUCACAGCCCGGAAGACAAGGCACAAACAGCCAAUCAGAGCAUUCAACCUGGGGAACACAUAGCCAAUCACAACAACGAAGACAUGGAACAGACGACCAAUCACAGCACAGGAGACGCAGAGUCGACAGCCAGUAGCAAGACACAUGAAGAACAAACAGUCAGUCAUAGUGCUGGAGUGGGAGAGAAACCAGCCAAUGAGAUGUGGCCUGCAGACAGGGCCAUGAACCCUCAGCUCGCUCUGCUGCGCACUGAGAACGCAGACUCCUUUGACAUUGAGGAGAUCCAAAGCGGUGAGGAUGAUGUGCCUCCACUGAGCAGCUCCAGGAACGCAGACCUGUCCCGCACCGUGAGCCAGCAGUCAGACAGCAGUGGCUUUGCAGAAGAACCUUCCCCUGACUCCUGCAGCUUCUUAAAGGUCCAGGAGAGCAGCGACUCCUGUGACAGCGAGACCACCGUGACCUCUCACCCAUCCCAGGACCUGGCCACACCUGUCGCCGUCGACCAACCGGCUUUCGCACUACUCACUGGGGGAGUGGAGCAGAGCAAACGGCUGGACUACGACGAGCCUGACCGGGUUACGGACACCACUAUCCCCCAAUACACCGUUCACCAGCUGCCCAAAAAUUUGACCGGCCCCCAGGCACAGCACAGCCACUCGCCCACAAUAGACACCUCAAAAACAGAGUCAGAAGAGGGACUGUUGGAUGGGAAGACUUUGGAGGACACAUUACAGACACCAGAACAGGAAUCAUAUGUCAAACCAGUACCUGAGUUUAGCCUCUUGGGAGAGUCUUUGGACGAGGACAGGCCUAGCCAGGCAGAGUCCCCGGAUUUUGUGUCUGAACGCUCAGAGUCCAGCCUCCCCCAUCCUCCCCCCUCUCCAGUGCUCGGUGCUCUUCACCGAGCCAGACUCAACCAGAGGAUCCAGGGCAGUACUAGGGCUCGCUGUGGGGUCCCCCUCCAGAGAUCCUCCUCCCUGCCCACCACCACCGUUGUGUCCUCAGUGCGAAUCCAUCUGGGGCGGGGCAAAGCAGCUGGCACACCCAAACUGCCCCGGGAUGACAUCGAUGGCCAGGGCACGGUCAACCCACUCCGGGCCAUCCCACGCUCCUCCGUUAGUUCCAGCCCCCCGCCCGACUGGACAGGGGGCUCUUAUAGGACCCAGAGUGUCCCGGAGCUUUAUGCGAAUCACCAGCAAACACCGUACCAACAUCCCCCAGGAGUGACGCAUCCUCAUGUGCACCCCUACAUGUACCCCUAUGGUAAUCCUUACAGCAGCACGCCCAACCUGCUCGCACACCAUGGCUCCUACCCAGGCGUGCCCCAUCACUCCACCAGGCCCGAGCACCAUCCCUUUGUGCAUUAUGGUCACAUUUCAGCCCCUCAUAGCUCUCCCACCAUGUCCGUGCCCUGGUUUGGAGGCUCUUACUCCACCCUGCACUCCUCCACCCACACUGCACCUAUAUUAGCUCAGAACGCUGCUAGCUACUCCCCCUACUCUGGGCAGUCUCAGGGUACGCCGACUCCCUCCUCUCUGUCUCACUAUGAUAGCCACUCCCAUCUCCAUCAUAUGACUCCACCCACUCUGGCAUCCCAGCCUUACCAGCCUGAGGCCCCGCCCCCUCACCCCGGGUUCCACCUGGGCCCGCCCUCAUCAUCUCUCUUUGGGGGUCCCAUGUUCUCCCCUGAGGCAGCUGUCCAUCCUCACCUCAUGUCCACUUCUGAGAUGCAGCUCCGCAGAGUGCUCCAGGAGAUCAGAGGGACCUUGCACAGUUUGGGACAGAGUCGAUUUGGAAGCCUAGAUGUGUUAGCAGAGCAGCGAGCACCUUCGGCCUCUCCUAAGACUGUGUCGGAGUUGCUGCUGAAGAGGCGCAGCCUGAACGCCUUCCGUAAUCAGAUGAUGGAGCUGGAGCUGUCCAUCUUGAGAGAGCAGGCCCCUGUCUACAGACACCUGAGCCCCAGCGACAGGCUGGAGGUGCAGCAGCUGCAGCAUCUGCGCUCGGCUGUCAGAGAGGAACUACAGGAGCUGGAGGCCCUGCUGGAGGAGAGGCUUCUGGAGCUCAACCCCCCAUCACACAUGGGUUUUCCGCAGGGCUCCAGUGAAGACAACCUGUCCUCCGCGUCGGCCCUGAGAGCCAUGGAGCCGGUGUCGGACCUCCUGAGAGAGCAGCUCCUCCUCCAAUCAGAACUCCGUUACCAUAGUAACAGCGGCUCCCCUGCCUCCUCCUGUUGCUCCAGUCCAGUCAGAAGGUCCCAGAGUCAGGGGAAGGGACAUUACAGCGCGUCCAUCAACAUAACUCCCGCCCCCCCUCCUCGAUCCAGAGCAGAGAUUCCACAGCCCCACCCCUCAGAGGAACCGGAGGAGGGGCUACACAGCACAGAGGACACACCCACAAGGGCGGGGCAGGGCCAGGAGCCAGAGACCAGGCCACCUGUGGACAACCUGGAGCAGCUGAUCCGAGAGAUUCGCCAGAGUGUUUCUCAGGAAAUUCGGCGGGAAAUCUACAAUGAGCUGCUGGCCUCCAUUGCUCCCUCCAAACAACAGUAACCACAGCGACCACUUCCCCCUCAUACCCCCGCCCCCGUCUGUAACACUGUAGACUGUAAAAACACUGUAAUGUCUCAGACCACUCCCACAAGGCAGAGCUCUGAACGGGACCAGAGUUCUGAGACACACUGCAAAAAUAGAUAUAAUUAUUUUAGGGCUGUCAAUUUUAGCACGCUAUUAUCGCAUUAAUGUACAGUAAUCGUAACAGCGACCAUUUUUUUGCUCAAAAUAAUUCCAUGUUCAUUUUGGCCAUCAGCAAGCCCAACUUCAGCUGAUUUGAUGAGACGAGUGAGCAGUUCAUAUAAAAAACUAGUGUGCUCUGUGUGUGUGCAGGGACACGAAGCGUGUGUAUAGGUGUGUAGGGGUGUGUGUGUGUGGGUGUAUGUGUGUGUGUGUGCGCGUGCGUGCGUGCACGGGCCUGCAGAGGAGUGUUUACUUUGCGCAUGCAGAGCAGGAGGAUCCAAGCGGUGCGGCUGUCCCAUCCUUGUUGUAAAAGCCAACACAAUAGCUCUCCAAAAGUAUUAUGACUUACAGACGUUGUUCAGUUUCCACUAGUUUAGCUUCCUUAGUGGCUCUUUCACGAGGAGACUGUCCACUCUAUAUACAGACUCACAUCACUGUGUUACACAACUACAGCCACAGUGGUGUUUGAAUGAUGUUGAUGACAGUAAUGAACACAUGAUAAUGUCACUGCUUUACAGUUAGGCUUUUAUGAGAAUUGAUUGACAGCCCUAAAUUAUUUACAAUGACUUGAAUACUGCUUUUUAAACGAGAUACUACAGGCAAUGCACUGAUUCAUAAUGGGCUGCAGGUGCUGAGGUUUAGAGAGAGUCUUUUUAUGUUUAAACCAACUGGAUUUCAGCAUUGAAACUGGCAACUCAAAUGAGAGACUCAUGUGAGGCUCAUUCUGCUCUCUGAUCGGAUAAUCAUUUUGACAACCAAAACACCUAAUUAUGACAUAAAUAAAUUGAGCAUCAUGUUCAAUGUUUUUAUAUAAUACAGAAUAAAUCAGCAUUAAAAUUGUUAUCAGUAAAAGUUGCAUUUCAAGAGGUUUUGGAUGUCAUCCAUGCAUGUUCGAGUAUUUUAGUGAUCUCUCCUGGGCACUAUUUGAACCCUCUUCACUUAGUUGUAAGAUUGUGUGCUCAGCCCACAAGCCUACAUCCAUGCUCCCAUGUGACCAUUGUGCAUAAAUAUACAAAAGCAUGCUACAAAACUGCACACAACAACUUGAUAAACCUUAUGCAAACACAAAAAUGAAAUAAAUAUAGCAUUUUCGAAACAAUACAAAGUAACAAGGUGAUCCAACUAUGUCAUGUGUUGACAAUGAAUACCCUAGAGAAGUAAAAUACCCCCUCUAAGAUGUAGUUUACUCUACAGAUGAAUAAGAUAUUAACCCUCCUGUAUUUAUUUUGUAUUUAAUGUCAACAAAAUGAAGCAAGACAUUUAAACUUCUAUCCAUAUGUUCAGAAUCCUAUGUCUCAAAUAUGUGCAAUUUUGGCAAUUUCUUUACACGCAAAAUGCCUUAAUACAUGAUGAAAAACUUUUAAUACAUUUUUCUUACAUUUAUGUUGUCCUUAUUCCCCUGCAGUGUCUCGCCUUAAAGUGAGUAGUUCUGACUCAGAUAUUGGAUUCAUUUUUCAAACCCAUAUCAUUGCCUGUUAGUCAUUGGAGUUUACUAGCUAAUUUAUCCAACCAAUGGUGUUAAAGGUGCACUAUGUCAUUUUUGGCAUGAUCGCUUUGUCUGGAAUCUUCUAUGGUGUGGCAUCAAAUGUAUUACUAGAGCAGCCAAUCCCUUCUACAUUCUGUUCGGACAGUAGAGCAUGAAAAACCUCUAUCAGCGGAUUUGUUUCUUUUAUGAAGUCAUUUUAGAUGAAUAUUCUGAUUUCAAAUGUCUAAAUUAUAACAUAAUGAUCCACGGGUGUCAGAGAUGAUAACUAUAGAGCUGACACAAGCACAGUAGGUCUUUUUUAAUGCCAUACUGUGGAAGAUUUUUGGCAAAGUCAUAACAUCUCCAUGGAGACAAACAAGUGUGGAACCCUCUGCCAGAAAAGUUGUAUAAUGCACCGUUAAGCUAGAAAAAUCAGAUCUACUCAAUGCAGAUUAAUAACUUGUAUUCAAGUCAUUUUUUCAUUAUAGACAUUCUAUUUUUUGCAGUUUUGGAGAUACAAGUUUGGAUUAAAGUCAAUGUAUGUUUAUGAUAUGUGAUUAUAGGAGCAGAAAUGGAUUUUUUAAAUGUGUAGCUUAAUUAAAUGGAAUGAAAAUGAAAGAUAUGACAUUUGAUAUGACAAACUAACAUUCAGCCACCAACUACUAUCUUCAUUUGUUGGUAUAAUGUAAAAAACACACACACAAAUCAUGUCAACAAUAAUAUAUAAUGUAUUUAAUAUAACAGAAAUGCUUUAAUAUAAUGUAAAUCAGUGUUGUAAGAAAGAAAAAAGGUUCUUUCUAUGCAGACGUGAGUUCGUGUGUUCUAGUUGAACGGUCACAAUUGUCAUUUUAUUAAAGAGGAGGUAUUAUGCAAAAUCGACUUUUGGGUAAUCUAGAGAUUUCUCUUGGGUCUUAUUCAAACCCUCUUUAUGGUUAGCUGUAAGAUUUUGUCCAAUGCUCAGCCCACAAGCCUAUGUGACCCAUGCUCCCACACAAUAAUCAUCCAUAAAUAUACAAAAACAUGAUACAAAACAAUACACUACACCUUCACAAACCUGAUGCGAUGUGCAGUAGUUUCAGUAAGGGUUGCACUCUGAUUGUGUUGUGAUGGCUCUUUGAAGGGGGAGCAUUAGGAACCAAGGGGAGGGGGGACUCAGAGCAUUAAAAACAAAACUGAAACUUAUUAAACAUGUUAAUACGUUACAUGGUGAUCUAAGUAUGUUAUGUGUUAGCUAGCGUGUAAUACCCCCUCUUUAAGAGUACACUAUACUACCUUAUCAAUAAUGUCUGCUUUGGGAACUACAUGUCCCUGUAUUUCAAUGGGGUUGUAUUCUGUAUAAAAACCUGCUAACUCUGUAGUUAAAUGUGCACUAUGUAACUUUUCUACUCCACCUGCCUGUCUCCAUGGAGAUGUCAUGGCUUUGCCUGGAAUGCUGCUUAAUAUGGUAUUUAAAUUCCAUAAUACAGGUUAGACAUUUUGCUAAAACAUAAAAAACAAAGAUUUGACUAAAAAGUUUUCCCUGCAUUUUAGAUUAAUUUUUCUGUGUUAAUGACAUAGUUAGAGGGAUUUUUCUGUUUUAAAACUCACCACCUUUUGUAUUUUUGUACUUUUCUCAACUUUUUCCCACAAACUGACACUUAACUUAUGUGGUAAAUAGUUAUAGUUUUACAACUACUUUUCCCCCAAACCAAGUCAUAAUUAGAAAAACGGGAAAACCUGUCAUAUGCACUUUAACUUGGUUUGCAUAUAUUUUCUAUAGUCUCAAUAAAGAUGGAUGUGUAAAGGGCCCAUUUUGUGCCAUUUUCUGUUAUAAAGACAAAAAUGUACCUGGAGUUGUUUUGUUUCAUUCACACAUGAGUGUAUUUUAGAUGAGCAACAGCAUUAUAACAUGGCUUAAAGCUCACAAGACUUAAUGUUGCUUACUAUAGGGCCUUUAAUGCCUUACCGUGAAACAUUCCAGACAAAGCAGUAACAUCUCCAUGGAGACAAGCAGUAUCCUUCUUCAGAAAAGUUACAUAAUGCACCUUAAACACCUCUACAAAUGUGUUCUGAAAUGCAUGGGAUUCUUGGAUUAGUUUCAGAUAAUCAGUCGUCUGUCAAAUGUUAAUUCUCCUGGACUUGUUUAAAAUCUACACUGGGAACUCAAUUUUGAUUUUUUUUUUUUUUUAAAUGAGUUAAUAAAAAAUCUAGAUUUUUUUUUUCUAGAAAACUUGAAAGUCAAUAUUGUUUUGUACCUAAUUAUUGAUACUUUGUAGCUGAUGUCAUCAAGAUUCCCUGAGGGUGUGAAGUGCCUGCUCCGUCUGAAGCUGCUUAACUUAAACUUUAAUCUCAGCUUUUUAACACAAUCUGAUCAUACAGAAUUGACUAAACUGGAACUACAACAUGUGAGAUGAUCUGUUUUCUUAAACCAGUCACUCUCACGUAAAAUUACAGUCACAAACUAUCCAGCAUCAGCCAACUGUUUUUUUUCAGUCUCUCACAUUUCUGUUGAAAAUCAAACUGCAAAACAGGACCAGGAAAAUGUGUUGUUUAAAUCCAUUGUGUAUGUUUUUUUCUUGACAGUGUUUGCUAAUGUGUGGGACCACAGUAUGUGUUGAACAUUCCACCGUAGGCAUACAUGCAGAACACCCCCAGGGUGAUGUCACUGCGAAGUAUCAAUUCUUCAGCUGUGAAUACUCAGCUCUGCUCUGUCACUUUCUAUGGAUGAAAAGUAUUGAAAUAACUAAACCUGUCUUAAAGCUGCACUAUGCAGCUUUUCUGGUGUAGGGUCAUCCACCUACUUGUCUCCAUAGAGAUGUUCUGCCAGAUCUUACUAGAUUACUAAUUUCACUAAAACGCCAUAAUUUUUAGAUUUAAAACUAUAAAAAAUAAAAAACACUCAGUUAGAUAUUACGUUUUAGAGCUCAAUGCUACUUCCUGUAUUUUUGUACUUUCGCUCUCAAUUUUUAAUCACAAACUGCCACUGAAUUAUUGUGACGCUAUGAUAAAUUACCUAAAGUUACCUCAGGUACAGAUCCACCAAACCAAGUCAUAAUUGGGAAAACAUGAAAACCUGUCGUACGCACUUUAAUUGCUCAAUUAGAUUCCACAGAUCUGGUCAGUAACUUGACCUGGUGGCAUUAACGGCUUGUCUCUGUGAUGUUGGUUAGGUUUAAUGCCAUAUUGUGUAAUAUUCUAGGCAAAGCAAUACAAUCUCAAUGUAGUCAAGCAGAUGGUAGCUUCUUCACCAGAAAAGUUCCAUAGUGUGGCUUUAAACCUGCAUGUGAUGGAUGUAUAAUUUGUAAUGUGCAGAAAUGUGGGUGAGUGAAUGUUUCUUGAAGUGCUCUGAGCUGUAUUUGGGACCACUGUAGACACUAGAAUAAAGAGCUCUAUUUUCACAAAAA